CGCGCCUCCUUUCUCUGCGCUUGCGUGUAAAGACACGACCAAGCGUGGGCGAGGUGCGCGCGUCUCCUCAGCCAAAGGAUCCACAGGCGUGCUGUCCCUGCUCGUGGUCUGAUCGGGAAGAUGGCGUUGCACGUUCCGAAGGCCCCUGGCUUUGCCCAGAUGCUGAAGGAAGGAGCGAAGCAUUAUUCUGGAUUGGAAGAAGCUGUGUUUCGAAACAUUCAAGCAUGUAAAGAACUUGCUCAGACAACACGCACAGCCUAUGGCCCAAAUGGGAUGAACAAAAUGGUUAUUAAUCAUUUGGAAAAGCUUUUUGUUACUAAUGAUGCUGCUACCAUUUUAAGAGAAUUGGAGGUUCAGCAUCCUGCAGCAAAAAUGAUUGUCAUGGCUUCUCAUAUGCAAGAACAAGAAGUUGGUGAUGGGACAAAUUUUGUUCUUGUUUUUGCUGGUGCUCUUCUUGAACAUGCUGAAGAACUUCUAAGAAUGGGACUUUCUGUUUCAGAGGUGAUUGAAGGCUAUGAAAAAGCUUGCAGGAAAGCAUUGGAAAUUCUGCCUGAUCUUGUGUGCUGCUCUGCAAAAAAUCUUCGGGAUGUUGGAGAAGUGGCAUCCUUGUUACAAACUUCAAUAAUGAGUAAACAGUGUGGUAGUGAAAGCUUUCUAACACAACUUAUUGCUCAAGCAUGUGUAUCCAUUUUUUCUGAAUCGGGUCACUUCAACGUUGAUAACAUCAGAGUGUGCAAAAUCUUAGGUUCUGGUAUUAAUGCAUCCACUGUAUUGCAUGGGAUGGUAUUUAAAAAAGAAACUGAGGGUGAUGUUACUUCUGUUAAAGAUGCUAAAAUAGCUGUCUACUCUUGUCCUUUUGAUGGAAUGAUAACAGAAACUAAGGGGACAGUACUGAUAAAAAAUGCUGAAGAGCUGAUGAAUUUCAGCAAAGGAGAAGAGGACUUAAUGGAGCUACAGGUCAAAGCUAUUGCUGACGCUGGUGCAAAUGUGGUAAUUUCAGGUGGAAAAGUGGCAGACAUGGCCCUACAUUAUGCAAACAAAUACAACCUUAUGUUAAUCCGGCUGAAUUCAAAAUGGGACCUCAGGAGAUUAUGUAAAACAGUUGGUGCUACAGCUCUGCCUAGACUGGUUCCACCUAAUUUAGAAGAAAUGGGCCACUGCAAUAGCGUGUAUUUAUCAGAAAUUGGGGAAACACAAGUUGUCGUGUUUAAACAUGAAAAGGAAGAUGGAGCUAUUUCAACAAUAGUAAUUCGUGGUUCCACAGACAACCUAAUGGAUGAUGUAGAAAGAGCAAUUGAUGAUGGUGUAAAUACUUUCAAAGUACUCACUCGGGAUAAGCGCCUUGUCCCAGGGGGUGGUGCAACUGAGAUUGAAUUGGCAAAACAGAUAACGUCAUAUGGAGAGACUUGCCCAGGUCUUGAUCAGUAUGCAAUCAAGAAAUUUGCUGAGGCAUUUGAAGCUAUUCCCCGAGCUCUGGCAGAAAAUUCUGGAAUUAAAGCAAAUGAGCUUAUUUCAAAGCUAUAUGCAGUACAUCAAGAAGGCAAUAAAAAUGUUGGAUUUGAUAUUGAGGCUGAAGCUGCAGUUGUGAAAGAUAUGUUGGAAGCAGGGGUAUUAGAUACACAUCUUGGAAAAUACUGGGGUAUCAAGUUGGCUACAAAUGCUGCGGUAACAGUAUUGAGAGUUGAUCAGAUUAUCAUGGCCAAACCAUCUGGUGGCCCUAAACCGCCAUCAGGGAAAAAGGAUUUGGAUGAUGACCAAAGUGACUGAAAUAGUUAACCACACGUAGACAUUGUUAUGUAUCUUGCCCAAUAUGUUCAAAUUACCUUUAAAUUAUGAAACUAAUCAGUAAUAAGAAGAUACCUUGAAGCAUUUCAAUAAAAGCAAUUUCAGUAAACUGA